GUGAUACUCCAGCCCAGCUCCUGGGCUAGCCACUUCCACUAGCGGGUGCUUUGCUACCGGGGCUGGAGAGGACUGGGCAAGGCAGUUCCUCGUUGACGAUUGUCAGGAAAACGGUCUGUCCAGGAGUUACGCGAGGGAGAGGGGCUGCGCCUACACAGCACGAUUCGUCCGUUAUUCAUGUCGCUUUAGAUUUGCCCGAUAUAGUGUUUUCCCGUCCUCUAACAAGUAACUUCUGAGAUACUGUGACAGCGGUGGAUUCCCUGUGAUAUCAGCCAAUACCAUGUCCAUGUUCAGCACGGGCAUCCUUGUGCUGACGUCCCCUCUCCACACUCUCCCCCUGCGCAUCACUCCAGUGCUCAGCUCAGCUGCUGAGCUCGUAGAGCGCACACUCUACGUCCACCUCCACCCCGGGCUGAACCUGGGAAGUGGCAGCCAGCCUCGACCGGUUUUCAUUCCAUCAGUUGUGGACCUGUCGACACUCAUCACCCGCCUUUACAGCAGUGCAGCAGAUAUAUGCGGGCACCUGGAUAUUCGGGUUUUGCUGACCAAUGUUCGCGCUCAGUCAGCCGCUUGCAGCGGGACCACGAUCCCAAACUGCCCCUUCCCAACUCCACAGCCUCUGUCUCACUCCCCGGAGGUGGUGCUAACAGACUUUCCUCUUCAGGACCCAGAUCAGUCCCAUCAGGUCACCCAGUGUCUGCAGAGGUACACCGGCCACUGCUACGUCUGCAGCCCCAGCCUGCCCUCAGUGCUGCUUCACCCACAGCUAAUGAGGCUGCAGGAGAAAGAGGAAGGGCUGAAAGAGCCUGAAGAAAAGGAGAAACCUUUGGAAACGUACAGUGAUGUGGUGGUAGGGGGGACGUUUGACCGGCUCCAUGGUGCCCACAAGACGCUGCUCAACAUUUCAUGCCUGCUAGCCAAUAGGAAGUUCCUUAUCGGUGUGUGUGACCAAGCAAUGUUGAAAAAAAAAGUGCUAAAGGAGCUGAUCGAGCCCUACACUCUGCGGGUUCAGAGACUACGGGAGUUCCUGCAAGACAUUAAACCGUCACUACAGGUGGAGAUUGUGCCCCUCAGCGACCCCUUUGGAGUGUCUGUGGUUGACCCCCUGCUGGAGUGUAUCGUGGUCAGCGAGGAGACUAGAAAGGGAGGCAUGGCUGUGAACAAGAAACGCAUUGAGAAUGGCCUUCCAGCUCUUGUUCUUCAUGAGAUCCAGUUGCUUAAGGAUGCCCACCACACUGAGACAGAGGAGGAGAAGAUCAGCUCCUCUAGUCUACGCUCUCGACUCCUGGGCACUCUCCUCACCCCACCUAAAGACACAUCCCAUCUCCCUCCCCUUCCAUAUGUGAUUGGACUGACAGGAGGCAGCGGCAGCGGAAAGAGCUCCAUCGCCAGGCAGCUGGAGGCUUUGGGCGCAGUGCGGAUUGACUGUGACAAGCUGGGCCAUGAGGUUUACCAGAUGGGCACAGCCGCCUACCGCCGAGUGAUUGAAGAAUUUGGGUCAGAUAUUCUGAAUGAAGACAAAACUAUAAACAGACGUGCAUUAGGAAGGAAAGUUUUUGGAAACCAGGAGCGGUUAAAAGCACUUACAAAUAUUGUGUGGCCUGAGAUAGCACUUCUGGUGAAGAACACGAUCAGCCAAGCCAAAGAGGAAGGUAAACAGGUUUGCGUGGUGGAUGCGGCAGUUCUCCUGGAGGCCGGCUGGACAGACAUGGUCCACGAGGUCUGGGUCACCAUCAUCCCAGAGGAGGAGGCGGUGCUAAGGAUAACGGAGCGAGACGGCGUGAGCACAGAAGAUGCCCUGCGCAGGCUGCAGAGCCAGUGGUCGAACACCAAACAAGUAGAGCACGCCAACGUUGUGCUCAGCACGCUGUGGGAACCAGAGGUCACUCGGAAACAGGUACUGAAAGCUUGGAAUCUUCUUCAGAAGAGAAUCCAACAGAGGCAAGAGGGACAGUAGGAACAUGUGCGGGUCCCAUCCAGGCAAGCAUCUGUCAGGCUCUGGGACAUGUGCUCAAAAACAACUGAUCCACAUAAGGAAAUGCUGCCUUAGAAGGAAGUGAGAAUGGCCACCGUGCCUUUGCGGCAAGCCCAAACUGCUCCCUCACGUCUUUAACCAAGACUCAGUGCCUGAUUGACUUUCCACAGGUUUUUAAACUCUAGUUUUAUUUUAAAGAUGCUUAGUUGAAAGAUGGAUGGAGGAGGAAAAGGAGAACUGAUCCCCGAAAGCAGAAUAAUAUAGUGCUAUUUGGGACUAAUAAAGUGUCAUGUUAUCCUAAGAA